AUGUCCCUCUCAUUUUCUCCCGGCCAGCGUGCUGUUCUUGAUCUGCGUACCGCAGAAUGGGGAAACCGUGUCAAUGACUACGUGUCCACCGGGACCCAGAACCUGCGCGCGAAUAACGAGCAGAGCACUAUCCACACUCACAACACCACUUGGCAGUCCGAGGGCCCCCAAUUUACUCACGACAGCCAGACCCACGUUGGCACCGAGUCUACCACCGCCCGUCACCUUAUUUUCCCUGAGAUGGCCGACAGAACCACUAUCUACUCCACGCCUACCACCGGCGAAGAUGGCAUCACCGACAACCGUACCGGAGGCAUCAACCAUGGCGCCCUGGCUAGUGAUGGUAGCACUGGUCACCAGGUUGGUAGCGAGUUCAUGCCCAGAAACUCGCAAGAGAGCUAG